UGCGUUAAACCCAGUUCUUAAAACCCCAUACAAAAAAAUUGAUCUUGCCGGAGAAGAAGACAUUCAUAUUAAUUCGAUAAAUAAAUAUGCAGAAGAGGUUCACUCUCCUCCAGACAAUUGCAGUUUCAGGUGUAUUUUCUGCUGUUUCUGGCUGGUAUGGGUUCAUGUUUGGGAGAGAAUCUGCUCGGAAGGAGCUAGGAGGUUUGAUUGAAGAUCUUCGCAAUUCCAAUGGUGCUAAGGAAAGUAAGAUGAUGUGAGUUUGGACGACAGUAGAGAAUGAUGCCUCAUUUCUUGUUGACGCUGAGACAACUGAAGGUACAUAGACGUCGGUAAAAAGCUCUUUGAGAUCGUGACGACAAUUCAGAUUUCAUGUUUUUCUUGUUCUUCUGCUGGAAAUUUACUUCCUUGUUCAUGAUGACUAAAUCACCUUUACAAUUGAAAAAGAACUCUGUAUAAUGAUGUUCUUCGUUGAGAAGGUAGUAUAAUUGUGUUGGAUAUUGAAUGUUAAUUCUUACUUACUGGCUUAUUUUGCCAAUUCCAUGGAACUAUUGUAAUUCUGCAGUAGAAAUUCUAUCUGGAAGUUUUAUGUUAAUAGUA